AUGCAAUCCACAGCCGACACAAAUAAUAUAGCAGUUAAUAUAGCAGAGAAUAUUUCGAUUCUUCACCUUCUGCACGAAGUCCCUGAACCACCAACAUCCAAUCCAGUCCUGUCUCCCAUCUCUGAUGGCCCAACAGAAUAUAGCCUUUCCUUCAAGAAAGAAAGAGAUCUCACUAUUAUGCUCGCUUAUAUCUCUUCCAUCAAGAACAACCGCGACCGCGUCCCUGCUGUGUGCAUUAAAGAAGACAAAGCUACAGAUCGAUUAGACAUUCUCGUUGCCGUCAACGCAUCCAACGCUGCUGAAAAAGGCGUCCUCUCUAAUAUUCAGACGAAAUUUGAAGAGAUAUUCAAGCUGUUGCCCUCGGCAUCUACAUCUAGAAAUGCAGAAAAAGACAUCUUUGAUAAGAUAGUUGAAGUGUGCUACACUCGGAUACUUGAGCGUUUAAGACUGGUUUCCCGAAAAGACAAGCCGCCCAUGGAGGAGCACGUCUCAGAUUCCAUCGACAAUCUAGAACAGGAAUCGCUUGCAUUCGCCAAAGCAGCCAAGGAUUUGCUUAAAAAGAUCAAUCAAUGGAAGAAACAUCAGCACCCUUCCGAGCUGACGAAGGUUGUCGAAAGUGCCUAUAAUCUCUCGCAAUUGCCGGAUUUGGAAAGCUUGCUGGAUCGUAUCUCCAACGAUAAGAUGGUAGCAGACGUGAGAAGGAGUCUCUUAAAUGCUAUCAAAAAAGUUGCUAGAUACAGAACUGCUGCCAGGGUUCUGUACAGGGCAGCAAAGAAAUUUCCUAUAGCACGCAGAAUGAAUUUCGUCCCGGUCAAUCUCCACGAGGACGAGUUCACAAAAGUAUCAGAGACAAUGCAAUCAUCAGAGCGGGGGAUAUCCGAAGCCUUGUCAAGGACAACGUUAUCGGAAGGCGAGCGGAAACAAAUCAACUCAUGGUAUGGUUGGCUCAAAACAGAUCAUGAGAAAGCGGAUCAACGAUUCAAGGAACAGAAGAUGCAAAUCCUCGCUGGGGCCAAAAUUCACGCAGAAGUACAGCUUGUUUUCUUCUGCGAAGCAAACAAUUUCGAGCCACCUCCUCGGAUUAUCUCUUCUAGCAAGGACGCGUGUUUUCUUUGCAAUGCGCUGAUCAAUGUACAUGGAAAGCAUCACAUUCCACGUGGGCAUGGGAGGCUUUAUCCAGGCUGGCGCUUGCCUUGGUUUGCUGUGCCCAACAGCAUACAGAUCCUAUUUGCAAAACAUCUCGAGGACGUCAUUAGCGGCUCUAUCACAACGAUGAUACAAAGCCAGGGACGGAUAAAACAUCCGUAUCCGAAUGAAAGUACCGCUGUAACAGUCACAACGUCUAAGACUACUGUCGGUGGAGAUGACGGCUGUCGUGCAAUAUCCUCGCGCAGCAAUAGCCCAGCUAAGCUGGUAUUGGCCCAGCCAGUUCCUAUCCACGACCUCAAAGAGUUUGGGGAGCCCGCACGAAACCUCAAGACGAAAUGGCUUUGGAACCACAACAAGUCGUUGAUCAGGAAGAUGGAAAUCCAAUAUUACCAGAGAAAACCGAAGAAGUCGUAG